AUGGCUUCUCACUAUCAAUACGAAAUGGGCCCUGAACAAAUGAAUACAGAACCCAGGUCGGAAAAUCCUCCACUACAACGCUACACUGGCGCCCCAGCCACAAACUUCCAGAAUGGCACAUACAACAUGCCGCCAACUGCAAGCGCGGCUGCCAAUGUCAAGCCAGCACUACCUCGAAGACGUAGCCAGCAAUCUGACCAUGACCUCAAGAAACAGCUCCAUGAUCUUCAUCAGACUCUAAAUGCUGAAGUCUCAAAGAACAAGGAAUACCAGGAUCUCCUCAGCCAGAGCAACAAAAAAAUGGACGAAUUAAACCAAUUCCUCAGUGAAGCAGAAGAUGAGGUGGAAGAAUAUAAAGCCCUUUGGAAACAAAGCGCGAGCGAACUUAACUCACACCUAGUUAAUGAUCGUGGCUUCAAGUCCAUUGAUGACAAAUUCUUUAUUGACGAAAUAACAUUGCUGCGUCGCAAUAUCAGAGACUUUGCCUACCAGUACUAUGAUGACUGGCCAGUAGGCAACAAAGUUGGCCCGGUCAAUGACAUAGCCAAUAUACUAGACUUGAAUCGGGAUCGGCCCCCGCUAGAUGUAACCCAAGCGGAACAUGAAGAAAGGAACCGCCAGAUCGAUUUGUGGAGGGCUAGAACAAGCACAUUGCUACAAGACCCGCUUAGUCGACCUCAGAGUAACGAACAAAAGGCGUCCCAAGAGAAGCUCUUCAGGGAGUUGAAAAGUCGUCUCAUCAACUUACUUCCUCCAAACGUCAAAUCCAAGGAUGUAGGCAAGCAAGUGGAGGCCAUCUGGAAUGACUCUAUCAGUCUUGACAUGGCUCUGAACACACAGGCGUCAGGACUGCACUUGUACUAUGCGCGUCGCAGAGAAAGGCCGAUGAAAUUUGAAAGUGCCACUAUGGAGGAGGAACUAGAGGGAGACGGUUCUCCAAGCAGUGAUACUGUGACGUGUAUUUUGGCACCUUCUUUACGGAGAAGUGGUGAGUCAGAUGGGACACCGUUGGCCAAGCCUGCAUGUUUAGUCAAGAUGCUAGUUUCGUGUCAGGCUGGAGAUACGAGAACACGAGGACAGCAGAAGACAGAGGAGAAAGAUCAUGGCCGUCAAGGUGCGGUAAGAACAAACGCACGACGCAAGCAUAACGUUAACUCCUAA